AUGGCCGACAAGAAGGAAUCCGAGGAGGUUGAUUAUACCCUGAAUAAUCCCGAUACUCUUACCAAGUACAAGAGCGCCGCUCAGAUCUCCCAGAAGGUUUUGGAGGCCGUUAAGGACCUCUGCAAGGCCGGCGAGAAGAUCGUGACUAUCUGCGAACAGGGCGACAAGCUCCUGGAUGAAGAGAUCGCAAAGGUCUAUCGCGGCAAGAAGAUUACCAAGGGUAUCUCCCACCCAACGACCGUUUCACCAUCCUCGUUCGUCACUCCUUACACCCCACUCACAUCCGAUGAGGCCGAAGCUGCCGUUACCCUGAAAGAGGGCGAGGCCGUCAAGAUCCAACUGGGUGCACAAAUCGAUGGCUUUGGAACAAUCGUUUGCGACACCAUCAUCAUCGGCGAGGCCGAAGGCCGAAAUGCCGAUUUGCUGUUGGCCACAUACUAUGCAAAUGAGCUGCUAUUGCGUCUGAUGACCCCACCAGGACUCCUUGCCACGGGUACUGACGAGGAGAAGGCGAAAGCGGCCAAGGUCAAGGCGCCUACUCAGAGCAAGAUCACUAGUCUGUUAGAGAAGGUUGUGAAAAGCUACGACUGCAACUUGGUCGAGCACACCACCAGCUGGCUGUUUGAGCGGAACGAGAUUGAGGGGGCCAAGAAGAUUAUUCUAGCUCCCGGUGACGGCACCAAGGGCGACGGUGUGCCUGAGGUGGGUGAGGUGUGGGGUGUUGAGAUGGGCGUAAGCUUGGGGUCUGGGAAGAUCAAGAACUUCGAGAACCGACCAACGCUUCAUCGCCGGACCAAUCUCACCUACGCCCUCAAGCGGCCAAGUUCGAAGAAGAUCUUGAACGAAGUGGUCAAGAGAUUUGGCACCUUCCCCUUUUCCCUACGGCAAUUAGAGGAUGAGAGGGACGCUAAGGUUGGUGUCGUCGAGUGCGUCCGUGGUAACGUAUUCAGACAAUACGAGGUCGUGGGUGAUAAAGACGGCGAGCCAGUUGGCAGACUGCUAACGACCAUUGCCAUCACGAAGAAUGGCCUUCAAAAACUCGCCGCGCCCCCUGCCCCUGAUUUGUCCAAGUUGAAGACGGACAAGAAGAUCACGGACGAGGAAGUCCUCAAGAUCUUGGAGCAGCCUCUGGCCAAGGAGUCGAAGCCCAAGAAUAAGAAGAAGAAGAAGUCCGCCAAGAAGUCCACAGCUGCCGCAGAUGACGAGGAGAGCAGCGACGAUGACGAGUAA